AUGAUAAACAAUAAAUUGUAGUAACUUAACAUGUAUUACAAUUAGGAUCACAUGUUGGUUGACACUAUUUUGUAGUCGGAUUUAGAUAAUUUCCAGCAUAGCAAGAUUAACAAUUAACAGUUGUCUAAGAACAAGUUGCACAAUUUGCGUCACAACUUGAUUAACAUAUGUGCAUCAAUUAAUUCAAAUACAUACCACUAUUGCAAGAUAGACAAUAAUUUGUAAAAACUUAACAUGUUGCACAAUUAGAAUCGCAAAAAUUUUAACAUGAAUUUGUAUCAAUUUUUAAAUAUUUUCCGCCAUUACAAGUUAAGCAAUGUGUGGUUGUUGUCUAACAAGUAGCACAAUUUAAAUCACAAGUUGUUGAACAGAUAUUAUUUGACAAAUUUAAAUAAUAUCCUGUAUUACAAGUGAGACAAUGUGUUGUUGUUGUUUGACAAGUUAAACAAUUUGAAUCACAAGUUGAUUAGCACUAAUUAUUUGAUAAAUUUAAAUAUUGUCCACUUGUACAUGAUAAACAAUAAAUUGUAGUAACUUAACAUGUAUUACAAUUAGGAUCACAUGUUGGUUGACACUAUUUUGUAGUCGGAUUUAGAUAAUUUCCAGCAUAGCAAGAUUAACAAUUUACAGUUGUCUAAGAGCAAGUUGCACAAUUUGCGUCACAACUUGUUUAACAAACAUUUGUUGAAGGAUUUAAAUAUUUUCCACUGA